AAGACGCACUACUAUAUUCAGCAAAUUAAGGUGUUUGGCAGACUAGAUGCAUACGUCCGCCAACUAGUACCACUGCCACCGACGAGUACUGAUCUGGUGCGGUCGACAUGGGCGGCCUGAGGAGCACGCAGCACGACUGCGGCGGCAGCGGCGGCAGCGUCGGCCACUCGGUCUCAUUCCUCCUUGGGGCUCUCCUCCCCACCGUGCUGCUCUUCUUCCUCGCCUCCGACCGGGUCGACGAGCAGCUGUCCAGCAUAUCGACCUUCAGGUUCGGGAACGGAUCGGCAGCGCAUCAACUGACUAGCCAUGCCGCUAACCUCUCGACCGAUGGCGACGCAAAGGCGCAGGAGGAGUCAUUCCCGGGGCUGGCGGAGCUGCUGCCGAGGGUCGCCAUGGACGACGGGACGGUGAUCAUCACGUCGGUGAACGAGGCGUUCGCGCGGCCCGGCUCCCUGCUCGACCUCUUCCGCGGGAGCUUCCGCGACGGCGAGGGGAUCGCGCACCUCCUCAACCACACACUCAUCGUCGCCGCUGACCCCGGCGCCUUGGCCCUCUGCAAGGCCGUGCACCCCCACUGCUACCUCCUCCAGGUCAUGGCCGCCGGCGUCAGCUCCGCCAACGGCUUCAUGACCAGAAGCUACCUCGAGCUCGUCUGGUCCAAGCUCACCUUCCAGCACCGCGUCCUCCAGCUCGGCUACAACUAUCUCUACACCGAUCUGGAUGUGAUGUGGCUGCGCAACCCGUUCCGGCACAUCAGCCUCUACGCCGACAUGGCCGUCUCCACCGACCGGUUCAACGGCAACGCGGAGGACCUGACGAACGCGCCCAACACCGGCUUCUACUACGUCAGGUCCACCAACCGCACGGUGGAGAUGCUGAGGCGGUGGCGGGCGGCGAGGUCGCGGUUCCGGCCGCUGGCCCACGACCAGGAGGUCUUCGAGGCGAUCAAGGGCGAGUUCGUCGGCGGCGAGCUGCGGAUAAAGCUGGUGUUCCUCGACACGGCGCUCUUCGACGGCUUCUGCGAGUACCACGGCGAGAUGGACCGGGUGUGCACGAUGCACGCCAACUGCUGCCUCCGGCUCGCGACCAAGAUGCACGACCUCAGGAACGUGGUCGCCGACUGGAAGAGGUACUCGAGCCUGACGCCGCCGGAGAAGAUGAGCAGCAAGCUCCGGUGGACGUACCCCGCCAAGUGUGCGGCGACGAUGAAAAUACCAGCAUAAUGGCUUUUUACUAGUUCGUGUAGUGACCUUUUUUUUAUGGAGGGAGUUCCUAUAGUAACCUUACGAACUUUAAUGCAGUGAUUUGGUUUAGACACUUUAGAAGAUAUUUCUAUGGAAGAAUAGAUGUUGGUAUUUGGACUCGACAAUGGGCCUGAAUCUUAGCUUCAUUUCUUCAGUAGCAUUUUGGAAUCAUGUUGCAAUUUUUUUAUAUUUUUUUUUUGAAAAUACACCA